GGUUGGCCGCGCAGGCGGUGGUUGCUGGAAGAUGGCGGUAGCGGGGAAAGGAGCGGUGUCGGCCGUGGUGAAGCCCAUCUUCAGCCGGAACCUGGGCGAGGCGAAGCGACGAGUGAGGGAGCUGUACCGAGCCUGGUACCGCGAGGUGCCCAACGCAGUACACCUAUACCAGCUGGACAUCACAGUGAAACAGGGGCGUAACAAGGUGCGGGAGAUGUUCAUGAAGAAUGCCCACGUUACAGAUCCACGGGUGAUAGACAUGCUGGUUAUUAAGGGGAAAAUGGAACUUCAAGAAACCAUUCAUGUGUGGAAGCAGAGGACUCAUGUCAUGAGGUAUUUCCAUGAGACGGAAACCCCAAGACCUAAUGACUUUCUAUCCAAGUUCUAUGCAGGCCACGAUCCCUGAGAGAUUGCCUCUGCGUCUUCCUCCCUUGUGUAACAAAUAAAGCUCUAUACAGCAGGAAAAAAAAUAUCUGUACAGAAAGCAUAUUAGGAGCCUGAUUACUAUGUGUGAAUUCAGAGCAUGUGCAAGCCAUUAUGAUCUGUACAAAGAGCUGUGAUUUCCCAGCUUUGCCAGUGUGUGUUUUUGGUGGAUGGAGUCUGUCCCAUCACUUGCCCAGGAGUGUCUGUGGAAUAACCACAACACAACCUAGCUGUAGGGCUUUCAGCAUAGCCUGCAGCCUCAUGUGCAGGUGUUAGCUCUCUGGAAUAACGAGCUAACAGGAAAAACCAGUUUAGUUGCAGAGGUAUUCUUGUACUUGAGGCCUAUCUGUAUUCUUGCAGUGUUCUGUAGUUUUAUGCUAUGACUUUGUUGACCUGGUGUUUUUUUAUUUGGACAGUCUAUUUACUUCCUUACGAGGAAUGGCAUAGAAUCUAAUAGGCAAAUAAAGCCCUUUGUACAAUAAAAAGACAAGCAGAGUGAAUUUCCCUGCUGUAAA